GCGGGCGCCGCGGGGGAGCGAGCCGGCAGGAGGCGUCCUGCGGCGGGAGGGAGGGACGAGGCGGGGGGGUGCCGGCUUUCCCGGAAACAGCGCCGGCCGGCGGCAAAGCGGCGGCGGCCGCGGUGGGAAGUCGCCUCUGGUCCUGCGCCCUCGCCGCCGGGGUUGGCGCGGUGCGGCGGGCGGCAUGGAAGCGGUGCCCCGCGAGGAGAAGCCCAACCCGCUGCGGGAUGCCAACCUCUGCUCCCGGCUCUUCUUCUGGUGGUUAAAUCCCUUAUUUAUUAUUGGCCAUAAACGGAAGCUUGAAGAAGAUGAUAUGUAUAAAGUGCUGCCAGAAGAUUCCUCAGAGAAGCUUGGAGAGGAAUUGCAGUGGUACUGGGAUAAAGAGGUGCAAAAAGCAAAAAAGAGAGGAAAAACACCACAUUUAACAAAAGCCAUUAUUCUUUGUUACUGGAAAUCCUAUUUAGUUUUCGGAAUUUUCACAAUGAUUGAGGAAACCCUCAAAAUAAUUCAGCCAAUAUUUUUGGGAAAAAUUAUUAAUUAUUUUGAAAAAUAUAAUUCCUCCAAUGAGGAAGCUUUGAAUAUUGCAUAUUGCUACGCUGCUGCCCUGUCUGUGUGUACACUUAUUCUAGCUAUAAUGCACCACUUAUACUUCUAUCAUGUACAGCGGGCUGGCAUGAAGUUGAGGGUAGCUAUGUGUCAUAUGAUUUAUCGGAAGGCACUUCGUCUCAGUAACAUAGCUAUGGCAAAAACUACCACUGGUCAGAUAGUAAAUCUUCUGUCAAACGAUGUGAACAAAUUUGAUCAGGUAACAAUUUUCUUGCACUUCCUGUGGGCUGGACCAAUUCAAGCUGUAGCAGUAACAGUACUUCUCUGGAUGGAGAUAGGCCCACCAUGUCUUGCAGGAAUGGCAGUUCUAAUUAUUCUUCUUCCUGUCCAGACCUGCAUUGGGAGGCUUUUUUCUUCCUUAAGAAGCAAGACAGCUACCUUGACAGAUGUCAGGAUUAGGACCAUGAAUGAAGUCAUAAGUGGUAUGAAGAUAAUAAAAAUGUAUGCUUGGGAAAAAUCAUUUGCGGAACUUGUGAACAGUUUAAGAAGGAAGGAGAUUGCCAUGGUUAUGAAAAGCUCCUACCUUCGAGGACUGAACUUAGCCUCUUUCUUUGUGGCAAGCAAAAUAACAGUGUUCAUGACUUUCAUGGCAUAUGUACUACUUGGCGAGGUUAUAUCUGCAAGUCGGGUGUUUGUUGCAGUGUCCCUGUAUGGUGCAGUAAGACUGACAGUAACUCUGUUCUUCCCUGCUGCUGUUGAGAGAGUAUCCGAGGCAGUGGUUAGCAUACGACGAAUCAAGAACUUUCUGAUACUUGAUGAGGUCUCACACUUCAAGCCACAGCUGCACGGUGAUAAUGAGAAUGUCAUUCUUCAUGUUCAGGAUUUGACUUGCUAUUGGGAUAAGAAUUCAGAGAGCCCGGCACUUCAACAACUUUCAUUUACUGCCAGACGAGGGGAAUUAUUGGCUGUAAUUGGUCCUGUUGGAGCUGGAAAAUCUUCACUCUUAAGUGCAGUGCUUGGUGAGCUGCCUAAAGACAAAGGUUUGAUAAAUGUUACUGGAAGAAUUGCCUACGUUUCUCAGCAGCCUUGGGUAUUUUCUGGUACAGUAAGAAGUAAUAUACUGUUUGACAAGGAAUAUGAGAAAGAAAAAUAUGAAAAGGUUUUAAAAGUCUGUGCUCUUAAAAAGGACUUGGAAUUAUUAGCAAAUGGUGACCUAACAGUAAUAGGAGAUCGUGGAGCUACACUGAGUGGGGGACAGAAGGCCCGUGUAAAUCUGGCCAGAGCUGUGUAUCAGGAUGCAGAUAUCUAUCUUUUGGAUGAUCCGCUGAGCGCAGUAGAUGCUGAAGUUGGAAGACAUUUGUUUGAAAAAUGUAUUUGUCAGGCCUUGCAUCAGAAGAUCUCUGUUUUGGUCACUCACCAGUUGCAAUAUCUCCGUGCUGCAAAUCAGAUUCUAAUUUUAAAAGAUGGUAAAAUGGUGGGGAAAGGUACGUAUUCAGAGUUCCUGAGAUCUGGCAUCGACUUUGCUUCCCUUUUGAAAAAAGAUGAGGAAGUAGAACAGCUGUCGGUUCCAGGAACCCCCAACCUGAAGUCUGCCCGGAGCCGAACCUUCUCGGAGUCAUCUGUUUGGUCCCAGGAUUCUUCUGUCCACUCACAGAAAGAUGGAGCAGUGGAACAACCACCUGCUGAAAAUGCACUAGCUACAGUGCCAGAGGAGAGUCGUUCUGAGGGAAAAAUAAACUUCAAAGUUUACAGAAAAUAUUUCACUGCAGGAGCAAACUACUUUGUGAUUUUUAUGCUUUUACUAUUCAAUAUUUUGGCACAGGUGGCAUAUGUGCUCCAGGACUGGUGGCUUUCUUACUGGGCAAAUAAUCAAGAAAAGCUGAAUGUCACAACAAAUGGAAAUAGUGGGGCAAAUAAGACUGAACAUCUAGACCUUAACUUUUACUUGGGAAUUUACGCAGGUUUAACAGUGGCUACAAUACUGUUUGGCAUAAUAAGAAGUCUUCUGGUUUUUCAAGUUCUUGUGAAUUCUGGUCAAACUUUGCACAACAAAAUGUUUCAGUCAAUUUUGAAAGCUCCCGUCUUGUUUUUUGACAGAAAUCCUAUAGGAAGAAUCUUAAAUCGUUUCUCCAAAGAUAUUGGCCACCUGGAUGACUUGCUUCCAUUGACGUUUUUGGACUUCGUGCAGACUCUCCUACAGAUUUUUGGUGUGGUGGCUGUGGCUGUGGCAGUGAUUCCUUGGAUACUCAUCCCCUUAAUUCCACUAUUUAUUCUUUUCAUUUUUCUUCGACGAUAUUUCUUAGACACAUCAAGAGAUAUUAAACGUCUAGAAUCCACAACUCGAAGUCCAGUGUUCUCCCACUUGUCGUCAUCCCUCCAGGGACUUUGGACUAUUCGGGCUUUGAAAGCAGAGGAAAGAUUUCAAAAAUUAUUUGAUGCACACCAAGACCUCCACUCAGAGGCCUGGUUUCUAUUUUUGACGACCUCGAGGUGGUUCGCUGUGCGUCUGGAUGCCAUCUGUGCCAUUUUUGUUAUAGUGGUUGCUUUUGGUUCCCUGCUUCUCGCCAAGACUUUGAACGCAGGGCAGGUUGGUUUGGCGCUAUCCUAUGCAAUCACCCUCAUGGGAACAUUCCAGUGGGGUGUUAGACAAAGUGCUGAAGUUGAAAACCUGAUGAUAUCAGUAGAAAGAGUAAUGGAAUACACAGAACUUGAAAAAGAAGCUCCUUGGGAGACCAACAAGCAUCCACCACCUGAAUGGCCAAGCCAAGGAAUGAUUGCGUUUGAAAAUGUUAACUUCACUUACAGUCUAGAUGGACCUUUGGUGUUAAGACAUUUGUCUGUUUUAAUUAAACCAAAAGAAAAGGUUGGAAUAGUGGGAAGAACUGGAGCUGGGAAAAGCUCUCUGAUAGCAGCCCUCUUUCGCUUGGCGGAACCCGAAGGAAGGAUUUGGAUUGAUAAAUACUUGACAUCAGAGCUAGGACUCCAUGACUUGCGGAAGAAAAUUUCAAUUAUACCUCAGGAGCCUGUUUUAUUCACUGGAACUAUGAGGAAAAACUUGGAUCCUUUCAAUGAAUACACCGAUGAAGAGCUGUGGAAUGUCUUGGAAGAGGUGCAACUGAAGGAGGUUGUGGAAGAUCUGCCUAAUAAAAUGGAGACGCAGCUGGCAGAAUCUGGGUCUAAUUUUAGUGUUGGUCAGAGACAGCUGGUGUGUCUUGCCAGAGCGGUUCUAAAAAAAAAUCGGAUCCUUAUCAUUGAUGAAGCAACAGCAAAUGUGGACCCAAGAACGGAUGAAUUCAUUCAAAAGACGAUCCGUGAAAAGUUUGCUCACUGCACAGUGUUGACCAUUGCACACCGCUUGAACACCAUUAUCGACAGUGAUAGGAUUAUGGUUUUAGAUGCAGGAAGACUGAAAGAAUACGGUGAACCUUACAUUUUGCUGCAAGAACAAGAUGGUUUGUUUUACAAAAUGGUGCAACAAGUGGGGAAGACUGAAGCGACUUCUCUGAUUGAAACAGCAAAACAGGUGUACUUCAGCAAGAAUUACCCAGAAGUUGUUCAGAAUGGUCAACUUGCCACAGACUCCUCCUUGGAUCCUUCCUCAGGAUUAUGCAUAACUGAAACUGCACUGUGAUUCCUAAUAACCUUAACUGUUUUCCAGAGAAUGUAAGCCUGAGAUCAUCUAAACUCAGUGACAAUGUUUGCAAAUGUCAACAGGAGAGGAAAAGGAGGGGGCGAUUCUUUGCACUGGACAUCCUUCCUAUUUAAUACUAAGAAGAAAAUUUUUACUGUCCCUCUUUCUUUAAUUUCAGUGCAAUAUGUUUUCCUUUCCAACUAAUUAUGUUUGUAUUGCUAAGGAAAUUAGGCAGACUCAGUUUUUAUUUGAAAUUUUAUUUAAAAAACAGGUGCAGGACACCUAACAGGUCUAGGGUGCAUAUUUGGAGCUUAUUAACAAAAAAAAAAAAACACAAAACAAAACAAACAAACAAACAAAAAAUGUGUCCUUUUUCUCUUUUGGAAAUCCUUUGAGAGCGAGCAAAACCAAAAUUUUGUCUGUGCCACUUUAGAACAACAGCUAUGUCUAAACAGCAGAUUCAGUAGUGUACAACUUAGUGGUCUAGUGCAACUGUCUUGCUGCCUGUCAUAAGUAGCUAUGCAGGUUGUUAGAAAAAAGAAUUGAACAAGCCAAAACUGCGUUUUCUUUUUGAUAGCAAAAAGUACUAUAUACUUAUUUUUUUGAUAAGUAAUUCAAAUAAUGCUGUUCAAGAUGAACGUAAAUAUUAGUUUUAUUUUGCUAAAAUCCAAAUGCUGAAAAAUCAGUCUCGAUCUUCUAUACUUUAGAAGGAAAUUACCACAUUUGCACUGAAGAAAUAUUUAAAUAAUUUAACAUACAUUCCUCUUUUUAUCCGGCUUAUCAAAGAAAAAAAGGUAUUAAAAUAACUUGAGGAAAUGUUUGAAUGACAUGUCAUUACACCUAAAUACCAUGUAGUACAAAGUUAUCUUCAACACAACACAUUGAAAUGUAUACAUUAUUUGCAUUUAUUGUGCCUUAAUAUUUGUGCCUUCAAGCCAAAGCUGUAACUGCAGGGUACACAACAAAUUCAUUAAAUAUAUGUUAAAAAUAUGUAACCUUAGUAUAUUUAAAGUUUUGCAUCAGGGGUUCUGUUGAACUUGAGCUGUUUGAAGUUACCGUCCUACCAGAAUAGGUAGGAAAGUACAACCUGUAGUUUUGAAUGGCUGUUGCUGAUAGAGAAAUGCAGUGAGAGAGAAAGGUUUGGUAUUCGUAAGUUAUGUCCUGAUUCAGCAAAGCACUUUAACACAAAGGCACUAUUCCCAUUUUUAUUUAUUUUUUUUUAAUCAAGCAAGUGCUGUGCUGCUUCAGAUUUUUUCCUGUUUAGUGAGAUACCUACUCUUUGAGGUCCAGUAGAAAGUGAAUCUCUUCAUCUUACUAUUUAAAGGGCACAGUAGAGACUAAAAGGCAAAAGCUCUCUUCAGAACAUGGAAAAUACUGUGCUUUUUAAAAAAUACUGAAGAUACUUGCUAUUACCUUCAUAAGACAAAUGUUAUUUACACAGCGUUCACCCAGUGGUCUAAAAGUAUAGCAAACACAAAUGUAUCUCCUUUCAAGCAGUUCUGCCAGCAAAUAACCGAUUCAAAUACAAAAUUACUCGCUGCUUGUCCAGAAGUCAAAUGAAGCCAAAGCCUGUGCUUUAGCACAAGGGCUCAUCUAGAAGGACUUUGUCUCCCAGUGGUGAGAGGCAGAAUCCUCAUUCCCGUGUUGCAGCACCUUCCCUGCCUUGAGGCUUGCCGUCCUGCCAUGAGAUCCCCAGGGGGGAGGAGGGGAGGACCUCUUACUAACUGCAGUGCCACCAGCCAGCUUCCCCUUGUAGCGGGGAGAACAACCAUCAGGCAUCCAGUUUUCUGGUAACAUCCUCCUCCGUCGUUAGCAGGAAGUUACAAAAUUAAAUGCUCUUGUCCCUAGCUUGGUUUUGUCAGGUUCUGACAGUUCUUCUGUGGCGUGUAGCACCUUACACUGUAACAAAUCCCACAGAGAUCAGUGGAACUGAACUUCAUGCAGUGAUGCACAACAUGAGGCUUGUGCUACAUCUGGUGCUAAAUAGCAGCCGGUCAGGGAUGGCUACCUGUCCCCAAAGCCACGAGGCACAGAUUGGCUCCUGUGAGCAGAACUUGUGGCUAAUCCUUAGAGCACACCAGCCACAUCCACUUUUCUGUAUCACUUGGCCCUUGGCCUUCUCUGGGCUCAUGCAGUCCACUUACGGACCUAGCACACGAUUAUCAUCUGGCAUGUUUUGUUGUGGCUUCCUUUUCAAUUCAAAUUCUCUGAAAUAAGGAUAGGGCUGUUCUGCAGCUCAGUACAGUGGUGUUUGUACUGCACAGGAAUGUGAAGACUUGGAGAAGUGUUUGAGCGCGUAAGUCACAUGGGAUAACACUGAGGGACUGUGUAGCAUGAAGAAAGUUCAGUCUUGCAUGGUCUUGUCUGUAACUGCCUUUUUGGAAGGGAUCCAUGGUGUGAACCAUGUCCGGACUCCGCUCAAGCUUUGUCAUGGAGAGACGUGGCUGGAGUGGUCCAAAGCAGAGCUAGGGUGAGCUGACCAGUAAGGUAAUGCAGACGCUUCGUGGAGCCUGGUGUCUGAGCUCAUUUGUUUACCUUUUUUACUGAGCAGUGUGGACAUAUCCAGAGUCUAACUGUGUUUUACAAUAGUGAAUUAUUUUUAUUUCUAAAUAUUUAGUUCUUACAAGAGAGUAAAUAUGAAGUAUAAUACACUGAGACUUUUAAAUACUCUAAGAGAACAGUAUGUUCUCCUGACCAUAUACCUUGAGUUUAUAUUUUUUUAUCAGAACCAGGGAGAUAUGCAUGCGUAAACCAAGGGUAUAAUUACAGUUUUAGUUCAUUUCAGCUCUGAAAUGAAUCUAUGGUAAGUUACAUUUCAGAGCAGAGCUCCAAAACGCUGGCUGCUGCAGACUCACUGGUAUGAGACCCUGACAGAUCUAGCUAUCAGUCUAUAAGCUAGAAUUAAUUUGAUCCUGUAGCUUUUUGAAUGCGCACAAAAAUGUUAGGUAUCUCUGAAAAUGCUGAUUCCACUUCUUUACAUGUUUUGGCAGGACAUUGCUAACUGCAGGUAUCAAAUAUCAAUACAAGAGAAAACAAAUUUUUUACAGUGUCACACUUGAAAGCCACAAAUUGCUGGGUAGAACAACUGAUAGCAAGUCAUUUGUGUCUGUCAUUGGCAUUAUGUCAUCUUUUUAGUUUAACAAUAAUGUUUUAAUCUUGAAAUUGUUUUUUAGGUUCUUUUGUUGGUUUUGUUGUUGAUAGUUCUUUUGUUUAGAUGACUGUUGGUUAAGAUUGACUGACCCAUUUGAUUUCAGCUGAGUAAGAAAAUGUGAUGUACCUGAAUGGCGAAACUCAGAUCAGGGAUGAGAAAGACCUUCCUUCGGUGAAAGUCUUGGUCUGUUGAAUGGAUGAAUUAUCUUUCCAGCAAGGUGUUUUAUGUUUCCUUUUAAAGAAAAGUUCAAAUAGUUCUAUCCUUCCACUUUGAAAAUGUUCAUGCUUUACUGGGAAAUAGUAAAGCUGAUUACUAUAAGCUACAUUCCUUCCUGGGGAUCUUGGAAAAAGAACUCAGUCUUCUGAGUUAUUCAAGCCUUUUAAAAUAUUUCUUCACCAUGAGGUGCCUUAAUGUAUUCCAGAGUCUUAUUUCUAAUAAACACAAUUUUAUACAGUAAUACUGAAAAUCAUCAGUUACAGAACUGUUGUUUGUUUGGUGUAAAAGACCAGGAACAGCCUCUGCUUCUGAUCUUAAGAAUUGUUCUUCAGACAUCCAUUUUGGUGUAUCUUUGCUCCAUCCCUCCUCAAAAGGCCACUGGGAGAGUCAAAACCAACACACUUCUCAGCGAUAGGUUAUCUCAUGUUUUGCUUAUUUUAAGGGUAAAAUUCUCUUGAGUGAACUGAACCAGAGCUCGUUUGCCAGAUAGGCGUAAUCUUCUGCAAUUCCAUUACUGCUGCCCUUUGGAAGAGGGAGGACCUUCUUGUGACCAACAUCAGUAAUGCUGGUUACUUAAGGGGUAAUGACUGUUUCUUUUAACCUUCCCAAUACAUGUUUAAAAUAAGAUUGCAGAGAGAAUCAGAAAGGGACGAAAGAACCAAACGUUACAGAAUUUUUCCUGGAAAUGCUGCUUUUUGUGUUAAUCUGACCUUUUGGAAUAUCUCACUUUAAAGUUUGCCUGUUUGUUGCAGGGGGAGGCGGGGAGAGAAAGAGUUGAAAUCACUUAUUUCCUGUCAUGGUGAUGAGCAUCUGGCAGAAGAAUGUGGCUUCCUAUAUAUGUUUUACAUUGUGUAACAACGCACUGCUUUUUCAUCAUUUUAACUCUGGUUGUGUUUUGGUUUGGUUUUUGCAUUUAUGUAAUUUGAUUUUGGUAUUGCUAUGGAAUGAUUUAUUUUGUUGAUGUUCACGUGACAACUCCUGUCAUACAAUAAAAGGUGUUUCUCAGAA